AUGACUCCUGAAACGAAAAGUGCAUACAACACCGCCGAGGAAUGGAUGAAUAGGUUAAUCAUCUAUAAUACCUUUAAAAAAGAAAAGAUCCCAUUUUAUUCCUAUGACGAGGAAUUUACUGAUGUGAAACCGAUUGGAAGAAAAUCGUCUGGAAAGAUCUACAAAGCCACCCUCCGGAGUCUUCGAAAGACGGUGACCAUCAAAUCCAUCAAUUUAACAGUUGAUGAUGCCAUGAACGAGGUUAAAAAACAUCGGAUUUUGGAAAACCAUGACAACAUUUUGAAAUUUUAUGGCAUCACCAGACAAGGAGACUACAUGUUAGUCUUCGAAUAUGCAAAUAAUGGCACGCUCCGCCAAUAUUUGAGGGAGAAUUAUCAAAGAAUGAACUGGAACGUCAAGCUAUCACUUGCAAGGCAGAUUGCGGGUGUAAUAGGAUUUUUGCAUGCAAACGAAAUCGUCUAUGAAAAAUUGGAUUCCGGAAAUAUUUUCGUUCACAACGGGAAGAUCAAAUUAAGUGGCUUUGAAAUAAGAAGACAAUCAAUAAAUGCCUCACGUCAAAAUUCGAAUUCUCAAUAUCUGGAAUCUCCCGGUGUCAUAUAUCGUAAAACUAGUCUAGACCGAAAUAGUUUGGGAAUUCUUUUAUGGGAGAUUUCCAAUGGUACCCCUCCGAAGGUCAUCACAAGUGAAAAUAGAGAGCAUGUGAUCGGAACACCUCGGGCUUAUGUAAAAAUAUGUGAAGACUGUUGCCAACCAAAUAAGAAUCAAUGGCCAAGUAUCGAACAAGUUAUCAGAGAACUGGAUGAAAUUGUUUUAUCCGAGAUGGAAUCAGGAUUCUUCAACUUGACUUCAAGUCUUGGUCGAACGAAAAAUGUGAACAUGGAGAACGGAAUUGCCGCUGAAUCAGAUUCAUUCACAUCUGAGAUGGAUUUAUUCAUGAAGAAUUUAUUUACAUUUUUUUCCGAAUUAUUCGUAAAACAACAUUUAGACAUGAUGCCCAUUUGCAUUAAAAAAUUUAUCAAGGAUCACAACAAGAAUCCAACAAAGAUACUGUAUAAUUUGGUCAGUCAGCGUCGACCUUAUUAUACCAGCAUGGUUGGAUUUUUUUAUAAACAUAGUAUUGGGACAAUCGCUGAUAAUAAGAUAGCGUUAGAAUUCUAUUCACAAGCCACCAAUGGGGUAAUUGAUGAACGGGAUCACUCUUCUGAUGUGUGGCAAAGGAUGAAAAAAGGGCUUUUCGACUUUUCGAGAAAACAGCAAAAGAGGGAUCCACUCGAGCAUUGA